AUGAGCGUCGAACCAUUUAACCGGUUGGUGAAGCUAGCGGCGAGGGCUUUUUACGAUGACAUCACGACGAAGGGAGAUAAUCAGCCCAAAACUGGGAGGAGCGACAAUAGAGGAAUUGCUGUAGUGGUACUUGAUGCUCUCACAAGGCGGCAGUGGGUCAGAGAAGAAGAUUUGGCAAAGGACUUGAAGCUGCAUUCAAAGCAACUUCGCCGGACUUUGCGAUUUUUUGAAGAAGAAAAGCUAGUCACUCGGGAUCAUAGGAAAGAGACAGCAAAAGGUGCAAAAGUAUAUAGUGCUGCAGUAGCUGCGACCGGUGAUGGUCUCCAUACUGGGAGAGAUGGAGAUGACAAGAUUAAGCUGCACACCCACUCAUACUGUUGUCUAGAUUAUUCACAGAUAUACGAUGUGGUGAGGUACAGACUGCACCGCAUGAAGAAAAAGCUAAAAGAUGAAUUGGAAAACAAGAACACAGUUCAGGAAUAUGUAUGCCCCAACUGUGGGAAAAGAUAUAAUGCUUUGGAUGCACUACGGCUGGUUUCUCCAGAGGAUGAAUACUUUCAUUGUGAAAGCUGUAAUGGGGAACUCGUGGCUGAGAGCGACAAGUUAGCUACUCAAGAAAAUGGAGAUGGAGAUGAUAAUGCAAGGAGGCGGCGUCGUGAUAAAUUGAAGGACAUGCUUCAGAAGAUGGAGGAACAGCUCAAGCCAUUGAUGGAUCAACUCGGCAGAGUAAAAGACUUGGCUGUUCCUGAAUUUGGAAGCCUUCAAGCAUGGGAAGUUCGAGCAAAUGCUGCCGCCCGUGCAGCAAAUGGUGAUUCUGGUUCCACUGAUCCAUCCAAAUCUUCGCAGGGUCUUGGGUUUGGUGGAACACCAAUGCCAUUUGUUGGAGAGACAAAGGUUGAAGUUGCAUUCUCAGGUAUUGAAGAGAAAGGAGAGGCCAUUAAACUCGAGAGUGGAAAUUCACCUAUGAAAAUUUUGCCUCCAUGGUUGAUCAAGCAAGGGAUGAACCUCACAAAAGAGCAGCGAGGGGAGGUCAAACAAGAGGCAAAGAUGGAGGGCACUUCAUCCACUGUAGAUGUUUCUGACGAGAAGAAGUUAACAGGAGAAAAAGAUGAUGUGAAGAAUUUACAGGAUGAAUAUGUUAAAGCAUAUUACGCUGCUCUACUUGUGAAGCAACGAGACCAAGAAGAAGCUGCCAAGAGGGAACAGGAGUUGUCAAACAGAAACAUAUCGGAUAGUGUUUAUGACACAUCUUCAGAACGUCAAGUUGGCAUGAAGUCCAAACGUGAGGAUGUGGAUGAAGGGGUUGAUGAUGUUGAAUGGGAAGAAGCUACUCCUGCAGGCAAUACAGGUGAAAGCUCUAAGGUGCAUGACUUAAAUGUUCAAGCUGAUGCUUUAGAAGAUGAUGAGGAUGACAUUGACUGGGAGGAGGGUUGA